AUGACAAAAGUGAAGUAUGUUGGCAGACCAUCUUUGAACUUCUACGGAAAGUAUUUAAGCGAAAUAGCUAGAAAUUUACGCAACAAGGGUGCUGGUCGUAUAGUGGUUAAAGAAAGUGAGGAGCGUUUUUAUAAAGAACCGAGUUAUUAUGUCAUUAAAGAUAUUGAACCACUGAUGUCAGACUCGUCAGGUGUCCGUUGUCGCGCAUGGGCCGAACGCGUUUUUCGUGGACACAACUUCGGAGUAGUACCAGUACCUAAAUCCCAUGAACCAGAUUGGCGCCUUUUGAGUCUCGAGGAGGGCAGAAGGCUGCAGGAAUUGGCUGCAACGAAAGAGGCUUGUGCAAAGGAAGUGCCGAUGAAAUGUGUGGCUCCUAUGCCUCCAAUUUUAGCAGUAAAACUGAGAAAUUUGGGCAAAAUUCCUCAGAAAAUUGUUGAAGCAGCAAAAAAGGCUUCUCCUCCAAACACGAAUGCAGCAGCUCAAGAAGGUAGCGGCUAUCUCCUUCUAACCAAACUCUUUGAUGACCCUACUCUAUUCCAGGUCCCAGUAGAGCCGAGUGAAGAGGAAAAGGGCCGAGUGUUUCCAGAGUACACCAAUCAAGUUACGAAGCCCCUGCCGACGGGUCUUAUUCGAAUCGACGAAUUGGCGGAGACCCGAAGCGCCUACUAUAUCAAGCGUAGUGAUACUCCUGGUCUUCGCUGGCGAGUCGAAUUGGCCGACACAAACGUUGAAGAUGAGCUCCUUCAGCCUUCGUCGCCUCCAUCUGAAGAGGAAGAAGCCAGUCAAUCAGAUUUUUGUAAAUAA